AUGUGUGACAAUUCUAGUUCAUCUUCUGCUGCCUCAAUAUCUGCUAAUAUUAAUUCUAUUCCUAUGCUUAAUGGGACCAAUUUCAAGGAUUGGAAAAUGAACUUACUAAUAGUUCGAGGAUGUAUGGAUUUAGACCAUGCAUUAAGGGAUGAACAACCUGCACCUCCCACUGAGGAAAGCACCCGUGAUGAGAAAACGAAUUUUGAGAGGUGGGAUCGUUCAAAUCGCAUGAGUUUAAUGAUUAUGAAACACAACAUCCCAGAAGCCUUUUGGGGCACAGAAUCUAAAGGGAUUACUAAGGCCAAGAAUUUCCUUGAACAAAUUGAGGAACGUUUUGCUAAAAACGAUAAGGUUGAAAUGACAACACUUCUUGGUUCUUUGAUGACCAUGAAGUAUAAGGGUUAG